AUGCCGAUCGCUCCAGUCGACAGCAGCGGAAAUGUUCUCUACUAUGAAGACACUGGCAGACCAGGCCAGAGUACGGACUACGUGACAAUCGUGAUGAUUCAUGGCGCUAUGUUUCACAGCGCAAUCUUUCGGCCAAUGAUCCCAUACGCCGCCCAACACAAUGUCCGUCUUGUGCUACUUAACCUGCGUGAUUAUCCUGGUUCAUCUCCGUACACUCCUGCUGAAUUGGAUGCCUUACGUGGCCCCGAGCCCGCGGCACAGGCUGAAGCGUUGCUAGCCCGCGGACUCGAACUCGUUUCCUUUGUCCAUUGGUUCAUCAUACAGGAGAAUAUCCCAUCCAUUUCCGAAACACCAGAGCGUGUUGGUGCUCUCAUCGGCGGGAUUGUCCUUGUCCCAUGGUCUGCCGGUAACUCGCACGUAUUGUCAAUGCUUGCACACGCGGAUAAAGUCCCAGAGGAGACAAAGGCGUUGUUUGACUCGCAUCUUCGUAGCAUAGUCCUCUACGAUCCCUCCUUGACGACUGUUGGAACGUUGCCCCCGGAUGGGCUGUACAGCCCGUUACGAGAGCGUAACCUCACUACAGACAAAAUGGUCGCUAUUUUUCCGACGUGGGUCUCGUCCUACUUUCCUCAGGUGGACGAUCUUGCAUCAGACGAAGCUAUGAUGUUAACCCUUGUCCUAUCUCGGGUGCCGCUGGAGUUGAGAGGCGAUGCUGCGGCUGCCCGUGAUCCUCAUCGAACAUCAACUGUUGAGCGUAUGGGCGCGGAAAUGCUCGCAAGUGUGAUCGAUCCUGAUGCUAUGAAGAGAUCGCAGAUUCUAAUAUCGCGCAUUGAUCGCAAGGUGUAUGGCGAGAACCUUCGCCGUGCCCUGUUUCACCCCUACUUCCCUCAGGGGAGCGGAGAGCAUAGAUUUUUCUGGCCCACACUCAGAGUACAUGUCGUGUGGUGCGAUAUGACUGUAGGGGACUGCGUCUUGGGUGCUCAGUGGAUCAAUGUCCAGGCUCGCUCUCGAUUAUACAAUGGGAAGGGGAGGUCGAUACGUGUACACAAGCUGGAUGGAGCGAAUCACUUCGUGAGUGCACUGCUUCUCAUCUGGCUACAUCCCUAA